AUGUCGCCAUUCGCCAUCAAAGCUGCUGAAGAAUUUGGACUCCCUAUUGCACUCUUCUUCACUAUUGCUGCAUGCAGCUUCAUGAGAUUUAAACAAUUUCGCGCUUUGGUCAAAAAAGGACUUGCACCACUCAAAGAUGAGAGCUGCUUAACGAAUGGAUUUUUAGACAAGGUCAUAGAUUGGAUUCCAGGAACGGAAGGUAUACGUUUAAGGAAUCUCCCAUUCUUCUUUCGAACCACAAAUCCGGACGAUGUCUUGCUUAACUUGAGCAUGGUGGUAACAGAUGAAAUUCAUAAAGCUGCAGCACUUGUUCUUCUGACAUUUGAUGCUUUGGAAAAAUAUGUUCUGAGUGCACUCUCAUCUAUGCUUAAUAUUCCACCCGUUUAUACCAAAAGACCCGUUGAAGAACUCAUGUUGGGUACAGUCUAUGGAAAGAAGAAACUGAAUGCCUCCAAUGGCUGA